GUCUCGGGCGCAAAACUAAUUUAAGAAUAAAACAGUAAUAAUAUUCUUGAUCAGCACCUGCAUAACACAUGAUGUUGGGGCUCCCAUUGCUUUUGGUCUCAAUUGUCCUUUUUUUGGCGCAGGAACAAUAUGCCCAGUCGGCGCUGGACACCCUCUCAAAGGGAGUUGAGGAUUUCUCCUUUGAUCUCUUGCAACGCAUUGCCGUGGAGACCCAGAAGUCAAACAAGAACUUCAUGAUAUCGCCCUUCUCUGUGUGGUCCCUGCUGGUGCUCCUCUACGAGGGAUCGGAAGGGGAAACCCUCAGCCAGCUGCGCCAGGCCUUGCGCAUUAAUGUGGAGGAUGAAACACUGCGCAGUUUCUACAGGGCGCGGAACCAAUUUCUCAAUACCAAAAAGGCCGGAGUCGAGGUGGGCUCGCUGCUGGCCGUGUACACCGACAAGAGUUUUUCGAUCAUGAAAGGCUACCGGGAUACCAUACAGAGCUACAGUGCUCAGACCGAGGAGGUGGACUUCAGCAGAGCGGAUACGGUACGUCGGAUCAACGAUGCCAUCGAUCGCAGCACCCGAGGUCUCAUAAAAAACUCUGUGAAGCAACAAGAUUUGUACGGAGCCAAGAUGUUCCUGCUUUCCGCCCUAUACUUCAAGGGCCAGUGGACGUUCGCCUUCAACCCAGCGAUGACAAAAAUCCAACCGUUCCACAAUGAGAACGGUGCUGUUGUCGCCCAGAUACCCAUGAUGAUACAGGAAGCGGCCUUCGCCUACUCCUCCAAUGUACGGGGUCUGGGUGGUCAAGUUCUUGAGUUGCCGUACGGCUCGCUGGAAUGGAUGUCGAUGAUCGUGGUGCUGCCCGACCCAGGAGUUACACUGAACACCUUGGCCAAUAAUCUGAAGACCGUCGGACUGCAACCCAUUCUUCAGGAGCUGGCUGAAUACAAAACAAAGUAUGGGACCGACGAGGUGGAGGUUAUGGUGCCUAAGUUCGAAACAGCCACGGAUAUUUCACUGAAGGAAAUCCUAAGCCAGAUGGGCAUCCGGGAUCUAUUCGAUGAAAAAACCGCUAACCUGGGCCGCAUGGCGCCGGGAUUGUUUGCCUCGCUCUGCAAGCACUCUUCCAAGAUCAUCGUCAACGAGCAGGGCACCACGGCCGCAGCGGUCACGCAAGCGUCGAUAUUCAACAGGUUCGGUUCAACUCCAAUUCUAUUAAACAGGCCCUUCCAAUACAUGAUCGUGGAGAAGGAAACUGGCCUUUUGCUCUUCGCCGGUCAAGUAUGGAACCCAAAGGCUUCUUAGCAAAUUGAACCAGUUCAUACCCGUGCCACAAUAAAUACGUUACUCAAAACA